CUUGCCUGGUCGCGCCGCGCGGAUACCAAACCUGUCGACGUUUCGCCGCAAGCGAUCGUUUUGCCUUAUCAGUGUGAGCUGCCUACGCAUCUGAUGUUAGGCGGGGCGGUCAGUCUCUCCCCGUUGCUAGGAGACCAAGUUGUAACUAUGGCAACAGAGAUUACCGAGACUCCAGACAUGGUCUGGCAGGACAUCGAGCACGUGCUGCUGAGCGACAGUCAGCAGAAGCCGGCGCCGACGGCGGCGCACCAGCCACAACAGCCGUGGGCCGGCGGUCCGUGGCUGCAGUACUUCACCGACAACGCACUCGGCGGCAAGGCCGAGCCGGCCGGCUACGGUGCCGGCCAGCAGGCCUACGGCAACCCGCGCAUCAAGCUGGAGGACGACUGGUGCCUGGCGGGCUGCGCACCGCAGCACGGACGGCCGUUCGACGCGCCGCAGUCCGGCUACGGCGAUGUGUUCUACGCCGAGGCCGGCGCCUGCUACGCCGCCUGCAUGACGCCGCCGGUGACGCCUGAAAACCGACUCAAGUGGCAACAGCAACAGCAGCAGCAGCAGCAGCAUCAACAGCAGCAGCAGCAGCAGCAGCAGCAGCAGCAUGUGCAAAAGGGCUACGGUGGCUACUUCCCGACGGUCGGCUCGUCGUGCGGCGUGCGCGCGCCCGCCACUGGCCUGGUGACGCCUCCCUCCUCGCCGCAGUUCCUGCAGGCCGGCUACAUGACCGGUGCAGGUCUGCCCAUGCAGACGCUGCCGUCGGCGCCCAAGCCGCGCCGCCGCCGCACCUGGGCCAAGCGGAAGGUCAUCAUCCACACGUGCGCGCACCCGGGCUGCACGAAAACCUACACCAAGUCGUCCCACCUGAAGGCCCACCAGCGGACGCACACGGGCGAGAAGCCGUACCAGUGCACGUGGAAGGGCUGCGGCUGGAAGUUCGCGCGCUCGGACGAGCUCACGCGCCACUACCGCAAGCACACGGGCGACCGGCCGUUCCAGUGCCGGCUGUGCGAGCGGGCCUUCUCGCGCUCGGACCACCUGGCGCUGCACAUGAAGCGGCACGUUCAGAUGUGAGCAGCGAGGAGCCGCCCCCGCCCGACUCAUGCAGUCUAGUCAUCAGCGUCGCGUCUGCCAGUAUUAUGUAAUGUAUGCGACGGGCGUUUGCCUUUCUCUGUCCACUGUGCAAUUGUUUCCGGAUCGUGUACAAGGAAUGCUGACUGCGAUAUGGCCAGCACGAUGGGCACAGCCUCGACCAUACGAUCGCUCCCAGACUUCGAAUUUUGACCCUCGUGACAUGUUUGUACAUUGUUAUUUGUAUAAAUACAUAUCAUUUGUAAUAAG